AUGCAUUCUCCUCCCGUCAAGUCACUCCUCGCCCUCCUCACCUUUCUCCUCUUCUCCACCUUCUGCACCGCCAACCCACUGCCGGCCCCUACCACACCCAAUCCCCUCAACCCCCGCCAAUUCUCCGGUGUGUUCACUGGCAACCUGUGCGACACCCAUUUUGCUCAAGGCCCCGACCAGUGCUUCUUCAUCAUCAGCUCCAAAUCCAUCGACAUCGACAUCGGCGAGUGGAUGAAUUGGAGCUCGCUCUACAUCUUCCGCAACACCUGCGAGCUGAUCGGCUACGUCCCCGGCGUCAACCUCGAUGGCAAUUGGGUUAGCGUGGAUAGCCAACUGCCGUGGACCGUUGACGCUAUUACGCUGGCUUUCGUGCCGGAGUUUUGGUAUGCGGGCAGGCAUUAUGAUACUCAUGGUGGCAAUUGGUAUAUGGAGUGGGAGGAGAAUGAUAGCGGAUUCAACGUUUUUAACUGGCGUUUCUUGUUCAGUUGUUAG